ACAUCACAUUCAUUGCAGUCAUUGUUGUUUUUAGUGUUCUUCCUCGAUAAAACCAUUCUACGUGUACUGCAAAAGUCGUCUCUCCGAAAAGGGGCCAAUAACCAUGUCGGAAAAUGUUUAUUCCAUCCUCCUGCCAACGUACAACGAACGAGACAAUUUACCGAUUAUCAUUUGGCUGCUGGUGAAAUAUCUUGACAAGAGCCAUCUCAAUUACGAGAUAAUCAUCAUUGACGAUGCAAGUCCGGACGGAACUUUGGACGUAGCAAAGGACCUUCAAAAAAUCUAUGGCGAAAAGAAGAUUGUCCUUCGUCCACGAGAGGCUAAACUGGGACUUGGAACGGCAUACAUUCAUGGGAUCAAGCACGCCAGCGGAAAUUUUAUCAUUAUCAUGGACGCUGAUUUGAGCCACCACCCAAAAUUCAUUCCAGAGUUCAUCGAACUGCAGAAAUUGAAUGAUCUUGAUAUCGUCACUGGUACUCGGUAUGUUGGAAGUGGUGGUGUCUUCGGUUGGGAUUUCAAGCGGAAAUUAGUUUCAAGAGGUGCAAAUUUCCUGACACAAUUGUUACUGCGACCGAACUGUUCGGAUCUGACUGGUUCAUUUAGGCUGUACCGAAAGGACGUUCUGCAGGAGUUAGUGUCGAGAUGUGUAUCGAAAGGAUACGUAUUCCAAAUGGAAAUGAUUAUACGGGCACGCGAGCUCAAUUACUCGAUUGGCGAGAUUCCCAUUACAUUCGUCGAUCGGGUGUACGGUCAAUCGAAACUCGGUGGCACGGAGAUAUUUCAGUUUGCCAAAAAUUUGUUGUAUCUCUUCGCAACAACUUGAAGAAGUCGGAGUGAUCGUCAUGUAUUUGUGACGUUGUACUUUCAGAAGACCGGAAUAAAUCGAAAGAUAUUAUAAAGU